AUGGCUACGAACGCUGUACAUAAAUUCCGCCCGGUGGUCGUAUCAGGCCCCUCCGGCACGGGAAAGUCGACGUUGCUCAAGAGACUCUUCGCUGAGUACCCCGAUACUUUUGGGUUUUCAAUUUCCCAUACCACUCGGGCACCUCGACCGGGCGAAGAGAACGGGCGUGAGUACCAUUUCACAACCAAGGAGGAUUUUUUGGACCUUGUAGCCCGAAACGGCUUCAUCGAGCAUGCGCAGUUUGGAGGCAACCACUACGGCACCAGCGUCCAAGCGGUCAAGGAUAUUGCGGAGAGGAGCAGAAUCUGCAUCCUUGACAUUGAAAUGGAGGGAGUGAAGCAAGUCAAGCGCACAGAUCUGAAUGCUCGCUUCUUGUUCCUUGCACCGCCAUCAGUUGAGGAACUCGAAAAGAGACUGCGCGGGAGAGGUACGGAGACGGAAGACAGUCUGAACAAACGUCUCGCACAAGCCAAAAACGAACUCGAAUUCUCCAAGCAGCCAGGUGCCCACGAUAAGAUUGUUGUGAACGACGAUCUCGAGAAGGCCUACGUAGACUUGAGGGAUUGGAUUGUUGAUGGCGGCCGAUUCGGUGCGGCGCAAUAA